UCGGCCCACUGAAGAUUAUUCGAGAAGCGUCGCCGGGCGCGAGCUUCGAAUUAGAACUAUCAGACGAGUUGAAACGGGGAAUACACCCAAAAAAUUGAUAACCACGUGGGGCUGGGAGCGUCUGAUGAUUCAUUUGUCAGGCGAGUCAUACGACAUGACGGACAAGGAAACAAUGCGAAGUUUUUCGUGCAAUGGUCUAACGGCUCGACCAGCUGGGAACCAUACAUGACGCUACGCGGAAGAGCAGCGCUGGAUGAUUACUCGAACAUAUUAGGAUAUAAAAGGACUAUCACUUGCGACGAUAUCCUCGGCAUGCCACUGAGUUUUCUUACUCAGGACUUCUCACCGAUAUACACCCCAUAUUCGCACUUGGUUGUUCCACCCGGUACACACGACCACCAGGCUCUCCUUCGGGCGGCCGCUGGGGUCCGAGGUAGACCUCGCCGUGGUCCAACACGCCCUUACGGCCCUUACGAGCGUCGCGGACGAGCGUUAUAUGAACUAUGGACCAAGGUUCAAUAUGGAGUUACCCAACCCGGCGGUCCCACCCUUUCGGAUCCACGAUGCAUGAUGAGUUGGAUAACCAUUUAUCAAACCAACCUUUUGCCGCUGCACCUUCUUCACCAUCUAUGUCUAGCGCGUAGCUUAGGCGAGUUGUCGAUGGUCAAUUUGCAGAACGAAACCGCCGAGGUGGGAUCCGAAGGAUCGUCAAACCCGCAAGUUAAUCAUUGAAGCCUUCGAAAUCGAAAUUCUCUAUGCAAUCUUAGGUCUAUAUAUCCGAUCACUUGACUAACACCAGUUCUUGGAUGCGAGUAGCAGUGCGGGUGUAAGUGGAGUGGUCUGAUACCCGUCCAAGUUUUGUUAGUUAGACAGAACCUCUUGUAUUUGCUCUCAUAAAUCAAGCCCUUUUGGACCUGUGACACUCUCAGUGACCUAGUGAGUUCGAUAA